CGUAGGAGCGAAGACGCAAAACGGCACCUGUCAGCAGCUCCGAUGGGCGACAGAUGGCUCAUCAGGGGCUCGAGUUCUUGUGGAACUUGAUCAUUUAUGCAUACAAGGACGCGUGCCAUACACGUAGCGCACCAGCUUGAGUAGAAAAUGCGCAAACUGUAGGGAAGUUUUUUACCACGGCGACUUGACCUCUAGCGCAAGCGCCAGCACUCAAGGAAAUCCUCACAGGCCCGUCACCAACGAAAUAGCGAUGUGCUACUUGUCACGAUGGCUGCGGUAGUUAGAGCCUUGCUGUGGGAGAGGCGAGCAGCUUCGUCUCCGCCCCGGGUGCCUCGAACGGCGAUGGCGUGUUCCUCGCCGCUCUGCAUCAUUUAUCUGUUAGGUCUAGCAUGCUUCCUACGCCUUGCAGACAGCAGAGGGCUGCCCGGCGCGACUGCAGCGGGUGCCGAGCGCCGGCGCAUGCAGCUCACGUUCCCAAAUUAUCCGCCGUUGCCGCCGGAUGCGCCGUACCCGCCGGACUUGUCGCCACCGCCUCCAGGCGCCCCGCAACCACCGCCGCCGGGCCGCCCAGAUGCACCCUUGCCGCCGCCCCCGCCGGAGGCGCCCGAGCCACCGCCACCCGGCCUGCCACCGCCAGAGGCACCCUUGCCGCCGCCUCCCGGCUUGCCGCCGCCGGACGAACCCCUGCCGCCGCCGCCCGGCCUGCCGCCGCCGCCCGGCCUGCCGCCGCCGGGCGAACCGCUGCCGCCGCCGCCCGGCCUGCCGCCGCCUGGCCUGCCGCCGCCCGGCUCGCCCGCAACGCCGCCCCCCGAUAACCCCCCUCCCGUCGCUCCCUCGCUGUCACCUCCGGACAACCCCCCGCCUGAGGCGCCGGUGCCGCCGCCAACCAGCCCCAAACCUCCUCCAACUGCACCGGCGCCCCCACCGGAACCCCCAACCCCAUCCCGGCCUCCGCGUCCACCUCGCGCCCCCCGCGCGCCCCGCGCCCCACCGUCACCACCUCAGUCGCCAGGGCCGCCGCCGCGCUCCCUCGUCGAGUCUCUCCCACCGCCAGGGCCAGCCCCCACCUACCCGCCCACCUACAGCAGCGCUACUCCCCCUGUGACUUCGGAGACUAUGGCGCCCCCGGCCGGCAUCAUAAGUCAGCCGCCACCGGGGCCUGCAGCUGCGUCCUUGCCACCACCUGCACCAGCCCCGGACAGCCCCACGCCUCCCCCAACUAACGGCACCCUUGCGGAGGCCGAGGGUGCUGGCAAGAGCAGCAAGACGGGCGUCAUUGUGGCUGCGACUGUGACGCCCAUCGUGGUGCUAGCCCUUGUGGGCGUGGGCGUCUGGUGGUACCUGCGCCGCCGCGGCCGGACCUACACCUGGAAAGAAAAGCUCGGCGGCGCCGCGGGACCGGGCUGGCGCAGUGGCGGCGCCGCCGGAGGCGGAAACGCCUACAUGGCGGCGCCGCCGGGCCCCGGCGGCCGCGCUAGCGGCAAGGCGUCUGCUUUCGAUGGAAAACAGGACACGGGUGCACCAGGAAAGAAGGCUGGGGGCAAGAGCCCGACAGACCCGCUGCUUCCCAAGUCUGCGGUGCCGCCAGAGUUUGAGUCGUACAACGCGGGUGCCGCCAAGAGCGCCCGCGGCGCCACCCGCGCCAGCCUCGGCGUGGUCCUGGGGGCGCCCAUGGUGGCCGCGGCAGGCGGCAAGGGAGGCUUUGACAAAGCCAACAGCGGCCGGGCGGGGGCAGCGGGCGCAAUGGUGGGCACGGUCGGCGGCGCCGGCUUGCGAAAGGCGGCCAACGACCACCCCAAUGCCGUUGACGUACGGCACAAUCUGCUGUACGAUGUACGGUACGACACUGACGUCGGCGCCGGCGGCGAACGGUCGCGAAGCGGUGCGCGCGGCCAGGCUCCUCGGACCAGCGGCAGCGGUGCCACUAGCGGCAGGCAGCCGGGUGCGGCGGCAGGCGGCGGCCCCGGCAACCGCUACCCCAGCGCGGGCCGGGCUGCUCGGGCUCAACUGGAUGAGGAGAGUGAACAGGACUCGGCGUCUGAGGACGACGUGGGCUGGGGCAGGCGGAGGCAGUCACCGGCGACAGCCGCAGCAGGCGCCCGGCCGCAGCCCGGCCGCAGCUCCCGAAGCAGUGCAGGGCGGCCAGGCCUGGCUGGCGGCGCCGCUGCGCGCGGAGGUGCAAGGGGCGGCGCGUUGCCGCCGCCGCCGCCUGCAUCCAAGGGCAACGGGGUGUUCUACCGCCCUGACUUGGCUGCGAGGGGUGGGGCGGAUAGCGACAGUGACGGCGAGGAGCAGGAGGGAGUGGGCCGGUGGGGCCGACCGUCGGCGUCGUCGUCUGGACGCGGCAGCGGCGGCAGCGGCGGCGCCCGGGCCGCCACUGCCGCAAAGCGCGGCGGGUUGUCGGCGCCGCCGCCGGCUGUGGGCCGGGUGAGCGGCGGCAGCAGUGCCAAGCGGCUGAGUAGCUCCAAUGGCGUUGAUAGCGAGGAUGAGGAGGACAGCCGGGCGCCGGCUCCGCGGCGGUCGCUGCCCGGAAAAUCUUCCGGCCCUGCUCCUGCUGCUGGCGGCAAGGGGCGCUCCUCGCCUGCGGCCCCAGUGAAGGGCUCUGCAGCGGCGCUGCCGCCCAAGGCACCCGCGCGGAGUCAGCAGUCACCUGCAGGUGCCGGGGGCGGGCCGCGGCGCACCGUGUCCAUCCGGGCCGUGACCCACAUGGAUCUGCUGCCCUCCAGCGCCGAGGUCAGCGAGAGCGAAGACAGCGAGGAGCAGGACGACAGCGAGGAGGAGCCGCAGCGCGGCCGCAGCAGUGGCCGGGGCAGUGGCGGCCGCGACGCCGCGCCGCCGCCGCCUCCGUCACCGCCGCCUGCCAGCGGCGGCGGCAUCUUCGCGCGGCUGCUGGGGAGAUCGUCUGCACAGCAGCAGCAGCCACAGCAGCCACUGGUGCAGCCGCCGACAGCAGUGACGAGCGGCAGGGGAUCUCUGCAGCUCACUAGCGGCGUAGCGGGAGCGCGAACGGCGGCAGGCGCCGCUCACAAGGGUGCGCCCGUGCUGGGCCGAGGCUUCGGUGGGGCACGGGGGCGGUCAGAGGACAAUAAAGAGUCGGAGGAGGAAGAGGCGGAGGAGGCGUAUCCGCUGAUGCGGCGUGUGGCGGCACGCACUAGCAAUCCCGCGGCCCCGGUGGCGGCGUCUGCUGGAGCCAGCAGCAGGGCGACAGCAGCAGCCGCAGCAGCAGGCCGACCGCCGCUGCCUACAAGCAGCCGGACAGCCAGUGCAGCAGGCGCACACGUCGCGGCUCUCGGGGACUCCCGUGCACAACCUGGGCGGCUUUCCGCUUCGAGUGGGCGUGUUGGGCAGCAGCAGCCGGCGCGCGGUGCGUAUGCAAGCAGCGGUGUCAGCGGCGGCACUGGCAGGCCGCGGCAGGCUGCGGUUUCCUCCGAGUCGGACAGCGAUAGUGAUGAUGUGGAGGCGCCGCCGGCGCGGCGGCGGCCGCCUGCCGCGGCCGCGUCGGCAACGCGCGGUACUCGUGGUGGCCGCUAGGAGCGAAUGGACAAGCAAGUACGGUAGUUAUAAGUGUCUUAUGAUAGUAGGAGUAGGCACCGAUAGCGCAGGAUCGUGUGCACGUGUGCAAGUAGUUAGAUCACAGAUGCCACUAGUGUUUCGCCUUGACCAGCGCGGAAGAACAUAGUUCAAUGGCUCGGCAGCACUGAUUUACUGCCUGUAUAUACGAAGCGCUGUCGAGACUGACGCUUGACAUCUUGCCGCUUGGACUUUGCUGUGCGCAAUUGAUUGUUACCUGGCUACAUUUGCUAGCGCGCAUCGACAUCGUGGCUUGGACGAAUGUAUGCACUCCCUUGCAUGCGCCAUAUGUGCGCUGCUCCUACGCCGCCGCACAUACUCUGUUACGUGCACCGCAUGCUCGUGCCCAUGCAUGCAUCACAGGCAGCCGUGUAGAACUCUAGAUAGCUAGUUAGGUUUGUAGCUGGUUGCCGGCAAUUAGUUCGGAGCCGGCGGAAUGCAGACGCAUAGCCAGACGCGUACCAGGCAGUUCGGGCCAGCCCGCACCGUCCGGCACGCAGCCUGUACAGCCUGGAAUGGACGGGCGGGGCUAGGUGUUGGCGCUCUUGAGUGAGAGGGACACACCUAUAGUGACUAGCGGUAUGUGCCCGACGUGCGGUCGAUGGAUCCUGUCAGUGCAGUAGGGUGUUACGAAACGUGCAUUGUGCACUAUCUGUUGAACACACGGGUAACCGUGGGGCCCCUGGUCAUGGGCAUGCUUUGCUACAAACAUACCGUGCCCACACGCAUACCGUAUGUACACACGCCUGGGCGGGCGCUGACUGUGCGUGCACUGUAACUGGCGCUCACACGUGACGAUGUUGGACUGCUGUGUGUUUGACUGGGUGUUGGGCGGCGGUUGUAGGUGGAGGCUUGCAUGCAUAUGCUCAGGUAGGCCGUGCAGGUCUGCCGAAACACCACACCGUAGCGAGCAGGUUCGUGUUCCCAAAGCUGGUGGCGAUCGAGCACCUCAUCUC